AUGGCUCCAAGGGUUAUCGUCGUUGGUGGUGGACUGUCCGGCCUCAGCGCUGCUCACACAGUUUACCUGAACGGUGGUAACGUUCUGCUGCUGGAUAAACAGAACUUCUUUGGUGGAAACUCGACCAAGGCCACCUCCGGAAUCAACGGAGCUCUCACGCGCACUCAGGUUGAUCUCGGUAUCCAGGAUAGUGUCAAGCAGUUCUACGAGGACACGCUCAAGUCUGCCAGAGACAAGGCUCGGCCUGACCUGAUCAAGGUGCUCACAUACAAGUCUGCAUCCGCUGUCGAGUGGCUGCAGGAUGUCUUCAACCUCGAUCUGACUCUCGUGUCUCGACUCGGUGGACACUCCUUCCCCCGCACACACCGUGGCCACGAUGCCAAAUUCCCCGGCAUGGCCAUCACAUACGCCCUGAUGCAGCGACUCGAGGAGCUUACCGAGAAGGACCCUGAGCGCAUGAAGGUGCUCAAGAAGGCCAGAGUCGUUGCCGUCAACAAGGAAGGUAACCAGGUCACUGGUGUCACUUACGAGUACAAUGGCGAAACCCACACCGAAGACGGUGUCGUCGUGCUUGCUACUGGUGGUUACGCCGCCGAUUUCACCGAAACCUCGCUCUUGAAGAAAUGGCGACCAGAUACCCUUGGUCUGUCCAGUACCAACGGUGUUCACGCCACUGGCGACGGCCAGAAGAUGCUCAUGGCCAUUGGCGCCAACGGCAUCGACAUGGACAAGGUCCAGGUUCAUCCUACCGGUCUCAUUGACCCUAAGGACCCAUCAUCCAAGUGGAAGUUCCUUGCCGCCGAAGCUCUGCGUGGAGAGGGUGGUAUCUUGCUGAAUUCUGACGGCCAACGGUUUGCUGACGAACUCGGCCACCGUGACUAUGUGUCUGGCCAGAUGUGGAAGGAGAAGGAAAAGGGCAAAUGGCCCAUCCGUCUCGUCCUCAACAGCAAGGCCUCCAAUAUCCUUGACUUCCAUACCCGCCACUACUCUGGCCGUGGUCUCAUGAAGAAGAUGACUGGAGCCGAGCUCGCUCGCGAGAUCGGCUGCGGCGAAGACGCUCUCCGCAAGACCUUUGACGAAUACAACGCCAUUGGCGGCGGCAAGAAGCCCGACCCAUGGGGCAAGAAGUUCUUCCACAACCUCCCCAUGCAAGUUGAUGACACCUUCCACGUUGCCCUAAUGGAACCCGUCCUUCACUUCACCAUGGGUGGCAUUGAGAUCAACGACAAGGCUCAGGUGCUGAACAGCGAGAAGAAGCCGUUUGACGGUCUCUUCGCCUGCGGCGAGCUUGCCGGCGGUGUCCACGGUGCCAACCGUCUUGGUGGCUCUUCCCUGCUCGGCUGCGUCGUCUAUGGCCGUGUGGCCGGUGACUCUGCCAGCCAGUACCUCUUCCAGAAGCUCCUCAAAGAUCCUGCCUCUGCCAGCGGCGGUGCUCAACAGCGUCUGAACCAGAUAUCCCUGCACAUCGACCCCAGCCAGCCAGGCAAGGUAUCGGUCGAGUGGAGUGCCCCGUCAGGUAAGCCUAGCACCACCCAAUCCCUUGCUGCCCCAGGCGCGGCGUCGACAUCGUCGUCGUCUGCAUCUGCUGCACCGGCUCCAUCCGCUUCCACUGGCGCUGGCGCUGGUGCCUCCGCUUCCGAGCCAGUGGCCGCUGAUGUCGCAAACUUCAAGGUGCCCGAGAAGGAGUUUACGAUGGAAGAGGUGGCGAAACACAAUAAGAAGGACGACCUCUGGAUCGUCGUCAAGGGCGUAGUGAUGGAUGUGACGAACUGGUUGGACGAGCACCCUGGUGGAGCGCAGGCCUUGUUCAGCCAUAUGGGACGAGAUGCUACCGAGGGUAAGUUUAAUUAUUUUCUAGAGCACGAUGUGACAGAUGAACAGCGACUAACGAUCAUCUAG